AACGGAAAAGGCGGAGGGGAGGGGGGAGCGGUUGAGGGGAGAGUCGGGUCGCUUAAUCUUUUCGCGUUCGGUGUUGGCGGCGGAGUCGUUGGAGAGGGAGGGGCAGGCGGUGGGUGAGGAGGGGAAGGCUGGGCGACAAUGGAGCGGGAGGCCGGGUGGCGCUGAGGGAAGUUGUUGUGUGUGUGUGUGUGUGGGGGCUGUCGAGAGAGAGAGGGAGGCGGUCGGAGAAGGAGGGCCAGGGCGGCGGCGGAAACACCACUGCCACCUCCAGAGGCGGCAGCAAGAAAGCCGGUUUGCGGGGCGGCUUCUCAGGCUGGGUUUCUCCGGCUCCUCAGAGGCUAGGAGGGAGUGGAGGGGAAGAGAGGAGAAGGCGGCGGCGGCGGCGGAGGAGGAGGAUGGAGCAAGAGGAGAUCCUGAGGAAAUUCGUCCAGCGGGUCCGGGCCAUGAAGGACACCGACCACAAUGGGGAGGACAACUUCGCCACCGACUUCAUGAGACUGAGGAGGCUGUCAACGAAGUAUAGAACAGAAAAGAUCUACCCUACGGUCACAGGAGAAAAAGAAGAAAAUGUGAAAAAAAACAGAUACAAAGAUAUACUGCCAUUUGACCACAGUAGAGUUAAGCUGACUUUAAAAACUCCUCCACAAGAUUCAGACUACAUCAAUGCAAAUUUUAUUAAGGGAGUACAUGGGCCAAAAGCAUAUGUUGCUACCCAGGGACCAUUAGCGAAUACAGUAAUAGAUUUCUGGAGGAUGAUAUGGGAGUACAAUGUUGCAAUUAUUGUAAUGGCUUGUCGAGAGUUUGAAAUGGGAAGGAAAAAAUGUGAACGUUACUGGCCUUUGUACGGAGAAGAAGGUGUAAAUUUUGGACCAUUUCAUAUUUCUUGUGAAGCUGAACAAGUCAGAACAGACUACUAUAUUAGAACCCUGCUACUUGAAUUUCAAAAUGAAACACGUAGAAUAUAUCAGUUCCAUUAUGUCAACUGGCCUGACCAUGAUGUUCCGUCAUCAUUUGAUUCUAUUCUGGACAUGAUCAGUUUAAUGAGAGAAUACCAAGAACAUGAAGAUGUUCCUAUUUGUAUACACUGCAGUGCAGGGUGUGGAAGAACAGGAGCCAUCUGUGCCAUAGAUUAUACAUGGAAUUUGUUGAAAGCUGGGAAGAUACCAGAGGAGUUCAAUGUGUUUCAUUUAAUACAAGAAAUGAGGACACAAAGGCAUUCUGCAGUACAGACUAAGGAACAGUAUGAACUUGUUCAUCGAGCUAUAGCACAGUUAUUUGAAAAGCAACUGCAAAAAUAUGAAAGCUCUGCAGAUUGGAAAAUUGCAGAUGGUCUGAAUGAAGUUACCAUAGAGAACACCAUCAGUUCUGGAGACCUCGAGAAACAAGAUUCUCCUCCACCGAAACCACCUCGUACUCGCAGCUGCCUUGUAGAAGGAGAUGUUAAAGAAGAAAUUUUGCAGCCUCCGGAGCCUCAUCCAGUACCACCCAUUUUAACACCAUCACCACCUUCAGCUUAUCCAACUGUCACAACUGUUUGGCAAGACAAUGACAGAUACCACCCCAAGCCAGUAUUGCAUAUGGUUUCUUCAGAAAAACCAACAGACCUGAAUGAGAACUACAAUAAAUCAGCAGAACACCCAGGGAAAAAUGAUGUCUCUGAGCAUACAGACAAAAAGAUGGAACGCAACUUGAGUUUUGAAAUUAAAAAAGUACCUCUUCAGGAGGGGCCAAGGAGUUUUGAUGGGAACACCAUCCUGAAUCGUGGACAAGCCAUUAAAAUUAAAAGUGGCUCAUCUUGUGCACCAGAGAAGACCUCUAAACCACAUGAGCAAGGCUCAGGAGAUGCACGUACAGACACUUUACAAAACUCCUGUGUGGAAUGCAGUGUGCAGCCAGUUAAUAAAGCUGUAAUAUCCUCACCAGAUGGAUGUCAGUGUGUUAUCAGUUCUGAUGUUCUACAGAGGCCAGACUGUUUACCUCUGAAAGAGAAGGGGCAUGCCACAUGGUCUAUACAAGGAACUCAAAAUGCAGAGCCAGUGCCAACAAUGGAGAACACAACUUCAGCUAUUUUAGGUCAUGAUAUGCAAAAUUUGUCUGUAGUAUCACACUCACCAUCUCAGGUGGAGCCUACUUCCAGUGAAUUGGCAGAUCACUAUGAGAGCAGCACACGAGCACCCCUUUGUUUCACGAAUCCUCUGCAUUCUGAUGAUUCUGAUACAGAUGAAAGAAACUCUGAUGGUUCCAUUACUCAAAGCAUGUCUACUGUUUCAACUGCAAGUGCCACAGUUUCUGCAGCUGCUAAUAUGGAAAAUGUUUCUGCCCGGAAAGUAUUCUCAAUGUUCAUUGCAAGACAGGACAAUCCAACUAUGGUUCAUUCUAAAGAUGCAGGUGCUACUGAAGAUUCUUCUCCUCCUCUGCCAGAAAGAACUCCAGAAUCUCUUGUACUUGCAAGUGAGCAGAACACAACUUUGCCCAAAGCUGUUAUGAUUCCACGAUCUGCUGAAUGGAGUUUGUCACAAGAGCAGAAACAACCAAAAUGUACAGAAUUGAUAAUGACUGAGCCUACCCUGCUUGAGCAUGCUGAGAUGGGAGACAAAUCACAGAAUGAUUCUAUACCUCAAGCUUCUAUUUCUAGUCCCAUAGCUAAAAGAGAUCCAGUAUCGGAAGGUUCAGUUGAAACUACAGAGAUUGGUUUUGGAAAUCGCUGUGGCAAACCAAGAGGUCCAAGAGAUCCUCCUUCAGAAUGGACAUGAUACAAGACCAAAUGGACACUUACUAAACUGUACUGGAAUAUUCAAGUGCCACUGAACUAGAUCAAUAGUAUUCCAUUCAUUAUUAUUAUUAUUGUUAUUAUUCUUUUGGAACUAACACAGUGAACAUGCAAAUACACAAUGGUACACUCUUAUAUACAUCCACACAAACAUUAAACAUUCACAAUAGUGGAUUCUAGUAUUGCAAUCUUAACUUUUUGCUGGGGCCAUCAAUCUGCCUUAUUACACUUAGGAGAAAGUAUUACAUGCAGUUUAUUUUAUUACUUCAAGUAUUAUUGCCUUAAUGUCUUUUAAUCCUGUUACACCGUUUCUAGACAUGUUAAUAUGGUGAAACUUUUGACAAAUUGAGUUCAUGGACAACUUUUUGCUAAUGUUUGAUUCCAUGUACAUUUUAUUUUGUAUAUGUACAGGGCAAGCAAGUAUAUAAUUUGUUAAAGUUGCAAUCAUAAAGUAUUAACAGAAGGUGUAAGAAAUCUCUGCAUGGUCUAAAUUUUCAUGUACCUUGUAAAUUAUUUGCCCUAAUGUUUUAGUAAAUAGUUUGUGUUUUUUUAAAGAUGUUGGGCGCACAUCUAGAAUUACAGGAUAGCAGAGAUGAAGAUUGUAAUACAUUUUGUAAAUUGUAAACAAAAGGUUAUUUUUAUAUUAUAUACUGUUUUAAGUGUCAGUCUUAAUUUGUCUUGAUUUUCAUCUAGUCAUGGAGAGCCCAUAAGUGCCUUGAAAUAUCAGAUUUUUAGCAUGAAUAUGUUCACUGAUUGACAUUACCAUAUCAACAUAUUUGAACUGCCAGUAAAAAAGAACACUUUGACUCACUCUUUAGUUAUCCUUUAUAAUGUGUUUCAAUUAAAAUCUGCAGAAUUUCUAAAAGAAAGCAUUACUAAAUAAUAUCAGGUUUAAUGUUACAGUGUACUAAUAAGUGUGUAUUUGUGCAAGCUUUUCAGGGCUUCACUGGUAAAGGGACCAUUGAGACAGCUUCUAUUGUGCUAGUGAAAAGUACCCCCCCCCCAAGUUCAGUAAGUGUGUUGUGUAAAAUUCUGAAUUAUAUCAAAGCCCUUACAGCAACACUGUAUACUGGCAAUAUGCACUGUCAAGGCUAAUUCUCAUAAGGAUCCACUAUAAAUAUGCUUUUCUUUCUGUAAUAGAGAAUCUUUAAAUUAAAGUGAACUCUUCAUUUAAUGAUGUGUCAUUAUAUCAUGCAGAAGACAGCACAACAGAGAUGGGACUCAAGUUGAAUGUAGCAUAGUUAAGAUGUUCUUUUUAUGACAAUUAAGUUGGUGUAAAAAUAAAUGCUUUGGUUUUUCUAUUUUAAAAAUCCUGAUGAAUUGUA